UCCCCCGAUGACUUCCUCUAUUUCGGCCUGGAUUUGGAGUGAGAGAUUCUGGCUUCCCGAAAAUGUCUCAUGGGCGGACCUGGAGCAUCCACCACCUGGAAUGGAGUAUCCCCGAAUGGGACACAUACUGUACGCCCUGCCGCUGGCUGUCGGUGUUUUUCUACUCAGGCUGAUUUUUGAAAGGCUAGUGGCCAAGCCCUGUGCCCACAUACUUCAGAUUCAGGCGGGAGUGCCUCGGCGAGCUCAGCCCAAUGCUGUCCUGGAGAGGCUGUAUCAGUCCAAAGCGUGUCCAGACACGAGGCAACUGGAGGGACUGUCCAAGCAGCUGGACUGGGAUGUACGGAAAAUACAGAGAUGGUUUCGCAUCCGUCGCAACCAAGACAGGCCCAGUAUGCAGAAAAAGUUCUGUGAGAGCAUGUGGCGAUUUACAUUUUACCUGGGGAUUUUUAUCUAUGCCAUUCGCCAUUUGUGGGUGUCGCCUUGGAUGUGGGAUACCAAAAUAUGUUGGGACAACUAUCCUUUUCAGCCUUUGAGCCCUGGCCAGUACAACCACUAUGUAGCUGAGCUGGCUUUCUAUUGGUCUCUGAUGUUUUCCCAGUUCACAGACAUUAAACGUAAGGAUUUCAUCAUCAUGCUUGUCCACCAUCUGGCAACCAUUAUCCUCAUCACAUUCUCCUAUGCCAACAACAUGCUAAGAGCUGGCACUUUGACCAUGUGUGUGCACGAUGCAUCCGACAUCUUCCUCGAGGCAGCCAAACUCGCCAACUAUGCCAAGUACCAGAGGCUAUGUGAUGGCCUGUUUGUGGUGUUCAGCAUAAUCUUUUUCCUCACUCGACUUGUCAUCUAUCCUUUCUGGAUUGUUAACAGUGUUCUGUUUGAGAGCUGGGAGAUUGUUGGGCCGUACCAGGCCUGGUGGCUGUUCAAUGGGUUGCUGCUGGUUCUGCAGACUCUUCACAUCAUCUGGUUCUACCUCAUCACUCGUAUUGCUAUCAAAGCCAUAUUCAAGGGAAAGGUGUCAAAAGACGACCGCAGUGACGUUGAGAGCAGCUCGGACGAAGAGAUUUAUUCCAGUUGCAGCAAAAAUCCCAGUCAGACUCUAAAGACAAAGGACAGCAGUCACACUGGUAACUUUAAUGGAGAAACUCAUGACCACUGAGUACCAAGAAGAGGAUACUGACUUCCAGUGUGGCCUUCAUUCACCUCCUGCGUGCCUGUGAGAUCCGCCUCGUCACUUGACCAAAAGGACAUUCUUUUUUUUUUUUUUCUGCUGAGUUGUUAAACGGAGAGAGGACUGGACACAGGGCAACUCCAUGUGUGGAAUACAGACUUAGAGCUGUGUUUCUGUGGUGUCAGGUUUACACUGUGUGAGGUUUACGCCUGCCUUUUGCUUAUAGAAGUAGACAGAGAAAUGUGUGUGUGUGUGAGGGAAUGGUGGGGUAUUAAGAGAGACAUUCAGAGGGAGUCAGAGAGAGAAGGUAAACACUUUGUACAGGUUACAGAAACGGAAAUGGACUAGAAGCCAAAGAAUUCUUUAACUGACAUGAACUGUCGAACUUUCACAGUUGGCCCACAGAGCUACACUUGACGUGUGUAUGUGUGUGUGUGCGUGUGUGUGUGUGUGUGUGUGUGUGUGUGUGCGUGUGUUCUCAAAAUUUGAAAUUGCAGCAAGUGCGUAACAAUGCAUAUUUGCACCGCUACUGUCAAACCCAUUUUAUACACAGAAAUUUUAUUUGUGAAUUUGUUGAUAUAUUUUACAGCUGUACAACAAAUCACUGCAACUGCCUUAAUGAAUAUACUGCUUACUCUCCUGUAAGCUUAGAAAUGCCAAAGUCUUCUUAAUAAAAAUUUAUUGCAUCAAAUCUA